UGGUGGUACAUUUCGACAGACAACUGCGGAUCAUGAUCAUGUAUGUAUGUUCCUGUGUAUUUUCAGAUUUUAUCAGAUGAUAUUGCCACUUUGCAACAAAAACAUACUGAAACUUUAACAAAAUUGACAGAGACCAAAAGACGUUUCCUUGAUCUCAGUCACAGAGUUUUGAAAGUAUGUACUGUCGGUAUUUGAGAAAUACCGUAACCAUUAAAUUUAUCCACUUAAUUGUAUUGCUCUCUUGCAAUUGACGCCAUCUUGGUUGAUUUUCGUGGCAACUAAAAAUCUAUAUUCUUCAUUCUUUGUCGUAUUGUGCCAGAAAUCGUAAACUAUCCAUUAUACAGUAAGAUGUUUUCAAAACAAACCAAAAAUAUUAAAGUAACUCAACUAUUUCGAUGUAAACGGCUGGACAAAACUUUAAAAUCAACCAAGAUGGCGCCUAAUGACACGUAGUGACGUCAUGUGCAAGCAAAGAAUAUCGCACUGUAUAAUACUGUACAGUACUAUGGUAAUGAAGUUCGUUGCUAAUAAUUUAUUUAUUUACUAACUUUGUCAUGUAGACAUGUAAGACCCAUAGAGCUUUUGCUCCGUUAUGGGCAACAUUGUACUUACAUUUACAGAGUGUUACUCAUUGAACUAUAUAAAUAAACUGGAAGGCUAACUGCUAUGAUGAAGGCCUAUGAUUUGAUGAAGCCAAAAUAGUUUUUCUGAGUUAUGAGCAGAAAUACUUGACCCCAAACGUCGGGCUAUAUAUCAAAUUGAAGCUAUUGGAAAUUGCUAUUUGGUGUGGAAAUUUCAGGACUUCAGCGAAAAGAAAAAUAUUUAAAAAAUACCAAAACAACUGCAAAACGGCAAAUUAUCAGUAAUUAUGUUUGUAGUUUUUCAAUAUUUCCCUUUUAGCUAAAGUCUUGAAAUUUCUACACCAAAUAGCGUUUUUCAAAUAGCUUCAAUUUAAUCUCUUCAACACAAUUAAUCAGUGUUUUCUUGCUCUUACCGCUCAAACUUCGCUCCUUUUAUUUCCGUCCCUGAGUUAGCCUUCCAGUUUAUUUAUAGUUCAAUGGUGUUACUAGCCUAAUUACUGCUGACACUAAAUUACUACUGACACUAAAUUACUACUGACACUAAAUUACUGCUGACACUAAAUUACUACUGACACUAAAUUACUGCUGACACUAAAUUACUGCUGACACUAAAUUACUGCUGACACUAAAUUACUGCUGACACUAAAUUACUACUGACACUAAAUUACUGCUGACACUAAAUUACUACUGACACUAAAUUACUGCGGACACUAAAUUACUGCGGACACUAAAUUACUACUGACAACACAUUUUAACAGAAAGAUUAGACAAAAGAUGACAAAAGAAUGACAUUUUACACAGAUAGUUUUAAACGUUUGUGGAACGUCAAUGUCAUCGAUUUCUUGAGUCACCUGACUAGUAUUCUAUUUAAAGAGAUUAUUUUUGAAUUCGCUAACAGGUGAUAUCAAAACAGGAAGUGAAACGAAAAGGUGGUUGCUCUAUUCAACCUGAUGAAGAAGAUUUAAGGUGAGUUAGCUAUUGAGUUAUAUAUUAUAGCCAUGGAACGUAUUGGUAAAUCACGCACUGUAUAUUAGAAGUAAACUACUGUAAUUUUACAGUGUAUUUGUAAUGAACUACUGAUUACAAAUUUCUCUUUUAAUUCUAUAUAGGAUUCAACUGGAAUCAAAUUUGGCGGCAUUAAAUGCACCAACUCAGUUUAAGGUAUGUAUUAUUUUAAGAUCCGUUGCAUUCGCAAUUUUUGCUGCGAUUUCUAGUGCGAUGUUUUUCUGAUGGAUGUGAACGAGUAGAUUAAGUGAUGAAUGUUCUGAGUAUAUGUACCACUAUCUAAACAUUCAUAACUUAUCCACUCAUUCACAUCCACCAGAAGAAGAAAAUCGCACCUAAAAUCGAAGCAAAAAUUGCAAGUGUAAACGGGCCUUUAAUUAAUGAUAUUUCAAGAUGUGUUUUACUCUUCCGAAUUCAUAAAUUCAAGCCAAUGUGCGUACAUUGGUUGGGCCGAAUUAGCCUUUCUCACGCCGCCAUUUUUGGGUGGCUUUUCAGCCGAAGUCUGCGAGAUAAGUCCACAUAACAUCGAAUAAUCCGUAGGACCUUGGAGAAAUUAUUUAAUUGAUUGUAUCUUGUACGUAGUAACCAAAGGUCACACAUACUGUAGCAACCGCGCGCAUGCAUUCUGAUCGCGAAGCACCCAUCCUUCCAAGUUGAGUUUUGUCCGUUUAUAGCAGCAUUGUAUCAAAUUCUACCAUCUCGUAUAUUUGCAUUUACUGUAUAUAGUACAGUAUAUGGUCAAGUUCUGUGGGACUUAAUUUCGCUUGCAUAUCGCAUGUAUACUUUUCCAUUGUGUAUAUUCAUAUAAGUAGUGUUAUCGAUUGUAGUCGUGUGAACGAAUUACAGUACAGUAAACACUGCCCAUGUUAAAAUUGGAGGCAUUUAAAAUAAAUAUUCUGGCAUUCUUCAGGGUCGUCUGAACGAACUUGUCGCUCAACUUCGGCUACAACAACAGAUGAUCGGCAAUCCCCUCGAUGUUCGUUACUCCAUGGAAAAAUCUAUACAGUCAGACUUGAAACAGGUUGGUGUUGAUUGUAAAAAUGGUAAUUGUUUUUAUAAUCUGCUGGCGUCUGGGUAUGAUGCCACUAGCUGAAAAACAGAACAAUCUUUCGCACACAAAAUUUAAUAACCGCCGCCACGCCAUGAUUCGCGAAGCACUCGCCUUGUUCCUAUAGCCAGUGCGGUUACGACUCGAUACCUCAAUGGGUAGAGGGAUGCUCAAUGGGUAGAGGGAUGCUCAAUGGGUAGAGGGAUGCUCAAUGGGUAGAGGGACGCUCAAUGGGUAGAGGGACGCUCAAUGGGUAGAGAGAUGCUCAAUGGGUAGAGGAAUGCUCAAUGGGUAGAGGGAUGCUCAAUGGGUAGAGGGAUGCUCAAUGGGUAGAGGGAUGCUCAAUGGGUAGAAGGGUGGUCUAGAAACCCGAAGAUGCAAGUUCAAACGCCGCUCGAGACCACGAAUUUUUCGUUGUUUUUUGCUGUGUCAGAAUAAUAUGAAACUAGUUUUUCAUAUCCCUGAGGAUGGUUCGAUAUUUAUCAUUUUUAGACCUACAUGGAGCGAGGGGGAUUCGGCGAAAUGUUACUCGAAGUGAUGAAAUAUCAUCACUGAGGGUAAUAUUUCGCCGAAUCCCCCUAAAUUGGAAACCUCCAAGUUGAGAAUAUUUUGAUUUACGCAAGUAUUUGUCACUUUUCUUCCGAAUCACACAUCGUUUGGAAUAUUGAUGAUAACAUUUUUCAAAAUUUGCUUCAAAAUAAAAAAAGAGCUUUCUUUGAAGUUCAAAAACCCAAUAAUUCAUCACUCCUUAGUAUAUUUUGUCGGCCAUCUUGUUUGCGUGGUCGCCGCGCGUGGUUUACGCGAAUCAUCACCCGGCUGAUAUGAUCAAUUUACCCGGGUGAUAUGAUUGAAAUCACCCACUGCGUCAAAUACGAUGACUAAGGCGUGAUUCGACGAUACAUUUCAUGCUCACGUGGCACAAACUUAGCUUUUUGAUUGGACACUUGAGGUAUAAUAUUUAUAUAAUAUAUUGUAUAUCUAAUCUGAGGUAUUCUACAAUCAGCACUUAGCCAGUCAGAAUUGAGAAUUUUUUCAUGCAAUCAAUUUUUUGUGUUUUCUACUUGCCAGCAUUUGGAAAAACAACAAGAAGGCUUAAUGCAUCUUACUGACGUUAUUCGCAGUGAUUGUGAAGAUUUAAAAUUGAUUCAACAGGGACUGGAAGAACCCACUCCAAGAAGGUGAUAACUUAAAACUUGCCAAGCAAUAUGGUGCUGUAUAUAUUUAUGUUUAUAAUGUAUACUAUGUAGGUUUGGUAUAGAUUACUGCAGGUACACGGUCUUAAGCCUGUUUUCCACUUCGCCCGUACCGUAACGUAGCGAAAACGUUUUUAAAUUUCAAAAUUUCGUGAAUGUUGAUUGGUUAGUACUUCCGUAGUACGCCAAAAAGUUGACUUGCGACGAACUUUUUAUUUUGAUACGCGAAUACACCCGGAAGUACGUGAAUUUAUAAACCUCUUUUCAAUCUGCGCAUGCUCACCGAUACGUUACGGUACGAUACGGGCGAAGUGGAAAACAGGCUUUAGCCUGCCGUCCUGGGGCCGGUUGUAUAAAAUUGUAGACUUCAAUUAGUUAAAAAAUUAACCAAUCAAAAUCGUGCAUUUUUUAGAGUUCACUACUAUUUCACCACUAAAUAGUGGUUACAAAGUAGCUAAGAGUUUUAUACAACCGGCCCCAGCUGUCUUAUGGACGGCCAUCGUAGAAUUUGGACGAUCACUUAAAAAAGACGGGCCUUUGGACUAUUCGAUUAUUAUAUUGACACCUUUUGGACGGCUUCUAAAAAUCUGUAGAUUGUACACGGCAAUACACCGUGCUUGAUGGCUUCGAUUAGUAAAAUAGUGUACGUGGAUCUUCCACAGUAAGUCUAUAUUUUACAAUCUUAUCAUUGUUUUUUUUCCCAUUGUUUGAGAGCUUUUCCUUUUUGUUAUCUCCAUUAAUCACUGACAGUCAAAUUGGAGGCAUUUACAGUAAAAUUUAUUUAUGGAGAGGUCCCAUUACCUAUCCCAAAAUUAAAAUAGAGCAAAUUAAGAAUUUUUCCAUGACAUGGUCGGUCGCUAUUUUCUUGACCUAUAGCUACAAAACCUCUUUUUAGUAUGAUCCCUGCAAUUGAACACCAAAAUGUCAUGCAAGUCUGUAACUGAGUUUUACUGUGACAGGUGACACCGAGAUUCCCGAUGUGCAUAACUUUCUCGAUCGGAUGCGUCAUUCCGUUCUCUUAUAAUAAGCCAUCAGAAAUAUAUGCUUACUUUAGACCUAAUUAGAUCUGGAUUUUUGACGCCCAAAUUCCAGAUCCUGGCUAAGACCAUGUGCGGGUUUGUGGGUAUAUUAGGCUAUUUGUAUCAAUGUAGGUCAUAAUACUGUAUUUAAUUUAAAACAACAGUGAAACAUAACAUAGGAUUUAGUUUAAUUAUAUAAAUAUUGAUAAACACGAACGGUCUGUGUCAGUGUAUAGGUAGUGACAAAAAUACCAGAAAACUGAGGAUUGAGAGGGAUUGAACUUCCUGAAAAAGUUAAACUUCGACGUUUCUAUAGCGAAGGCCCUUGAAUUCCCGUUGAAAUCCUCCUUUUCAUGCUAACAAUGGAGCGAGUUCAAUUUGGCAAAUUUCCAAACAUCACGAGUACUAUUAAUCCCUAUUUGUACGAGCAACAUCGCAUGAUUACCUAUACUAAUAGGAAGAUUGCUUUGACAGCUUUCGUUAACUUAGGAUUAUUUAAUAUUAAGCUAACUGGCUUAAGUCGGUUACAGACGAGCAAGUUUUCUAUGACAAGUUUUUAUAUGGCACGUUUUAUUUGCCACGUCCACGUCUAUAUGUACGACAAAUGUUCUACGACAAGUUUUUGGUUUUCUGACCGCCACAAAAGCUAUAUUACCCAUUACACAAUAGAUCGCUGACCAUGCAACGGCACGCACAUGCUCAGAUUACUUUGACAAGUUUUCUUUGUUAGCCCAUACAUACGAGCAAAAUUUAUGCUUUGACAAUUUUUACUGUGACAGGUACAAUUGUUCAAAAGCUAGCAUGACAAAUGUACUUGUCACAGUAAAAAUUGUCAAAGUUGCGUAUACAGACGAGCAAAUAAAACUUGCCACAUAAAAAACUUGUCAUAGAAAACGUGCUCGUCUGUAACCAGCUUGAGACAACCGGUCCCUGGAAAUGCUACUAUGUAAUACAUGCACUUAGAACUAUCUUGGAAUACAGGAUCAUAUUGACUGCAUGAUAGUCCGAAAAUAAUUUGUUAAUUGUAGUAACUUACACUAUAGUACGUGAAAAAGUCCUAUCAUGCGUGAUGGUCUGAGACGCUAUAUACGUAAUAUAUAGAUCAAUAUCAUCAAUUAGUGAUCAGCACACUAACGUAUAUAUCGCGGUAGAUAUACAUUGUAUAAUAUUUACUAUUACAUUGUGUCGAUAUAAUGACGUGUAAUGCUGUGUAUACAAUUGUAUUGUUGUUAUAGGGAUUCUGACGUUUCGAGGCCGUAACGAUCUUUUGUUAUUUUGCCUCCUCCAGUCCUCCCCUCCUUAAGACGC